GUGGAUUUUAACAAAAUGUGAUUAUAUGGAUGAGGUAGCUAUUGAUCUUUGAUUGACCUGAAUUGGCAAGAGGUGGCUCAACCAUUAGGUCAUUUAGCCUAUCGCCUAAGGCCCCCAAGAAAUUUUUUAAAAAAUUCUUAUUGACGAAGGCCCUAUUUUUCGGAAGGCCUAUUCAAAUAAGGCCUCGUUUUGUUGUUUAGUCUAAAGUCUCAAAGAACCUUGAGUUGCUACAUAUUAUAGAAGCAUGAAAUCGAAUAGUGGAUUUUAUCAAAGUUAUUUAUUUAUUUAUUUUUUUAAAACAUCUAAUCUUGGUAGCUCCUGCCCCUAGAUAUUCUAACAUCACUGUAUAAAAAUGGAAAAUUGCAAAUCGGUGAGAAAAAAUGAAAAUAAUUGAAAAAACAUGGUGCAAGUAGGUCUAUGCUCUAAGUAACAUAGACACGGACAGACAACACGAUAUGGACCCGACACCGAUACUUCGAUCUUCGAAAAAUGCAAGGCACGACAAGCUUGGGACACUUUAAAGUUUUAUAUUUUUUUAUAAAUUUAUUAUAUCUCAUAUAUAUGAAUAAUUUAUUCAAGUAUAAUAAAAAAAUGUAACAACACUUAUUUUACGUUAAAAAGUUAUAUAUUUCAUAAAUUAAACAUCAAGAUAUCAUUUACGUAGCAGUUACAUUCUAAACGAUGCAAAACAACUACUCCCGCCGUCCCAUUUUAUUGUUCUAUUAUUUCGUUUUUUGUUGUCCCAAAAUGUAUGUUCACUUUGAAAAGUCAACUUUAAAUUUAAAAGUUUACAAAAUUAUCCCUUGUAAAGUAAUUAUAAAUAUGUUUAAAAAUAAGAAUAGAAGGGUGUUUUUGGAAUUUUCUCCUUUAAAGUUUGAAUUCAAAGUGUAAUGAUUAUGUCUCCUUAAUAAGUUUGAAUUUUUUAAAGUGACUAUUAAUUUGGGAUGGAGGGAGUAUAUAACAUUAUAUUACACAUAAUGUAUUAUAAAUUUUUCAAAACAUAUUUAGGAUGCAUAGGUUGUGUUAUGAAGAAGGAGAACAUUGUUAUAAAGAAGGGAUUCAUCAUUCAGGACAUAUUUGGAGGGAUUCAUUGUGGGCUCUUCUAAAUGCAUGAGCUCCAGUGUUGGACACUUGGCACUUGGGUGUAUGAGAUAUGUGUUGGAUAUACAUAUGUAAUUGAACGUUCACCUAGCGAGCAUAUUAGUUUGAGUUUACCAUAAAAAUAUGCAUAAAAUUCUCAUAUUAUGCAUGAAACAUUAUAUGGCACCUUGUGAACACUGCUCACCCUAAUAAAAAAAAAACCCAAAGUAUGUUAAGGAAGAUAAUUAUUUUGCUGUGUCACCGUAUCCUUGGACAUGGAAUUAGAUGAAUCAGACACAUGGACACAUAUGCGCACCUGAAACUAGUACCUGAGUCAAUAUAAAGUAGCAGUUGUGUAAGAACAUUCUAAUAAAGAAUUUCUGGGCAUUUGUUGGAUUUCUUGUUUUAAUUUGAUUUCUCUAUAUGAAUUGAUAAUCUGUGGUUUUAGAGUCACAUGCUUGAUUACUUCUCUUUGAUGUAUGCAGUCAACACAUAUGGCUUCUCAGCAGAUUACAGAAGAAGCUGUAUACUUGUGCACUGGAAAUCCAUUGCCCAAAGGCAUUGAGCAAAUAUCACACUGGCUUCUGAAUGAACAAUUUGCAGUUAGUUUUAGACGAAUAUCUGAAAUGAAGGCAAGGAAAGGAUUAGCUUUGGUGGAUAUUGUAAGAGAAGUAACCAUGUUUGUCUUUAAGAUCAAGAUGCCACCAGAUGUCCGCGUGCAGCUAAUUAAUGACUUGGCUGAUAUUGAGUACAGGUUGAGUUUUGGGUGCAAUGAUAAAUUGCAGCUUGGGUCACUUAUUGCUACCUUUACACGAGCUCGAUCUGCACUGGUUGCAGCUGCAAAGUAGUCAAAGUUAUUAGAUGGGCACUUGUUGCAUUCCGUAUGCCUAUGAUUUGUUUAUUAUCGUGUUGCUUAAGUAAAUAGUUUCAUGAUGCCUUCUAUCUCCUAUCUGAAGCUGUUGAAGUGUGAAGAAGGUCUAAGCUUUGUACCUGAAGACUUGAGGCUGUUAAGUUUUGGCCUUUUCCUUUUACCCUAGAGGUAUAAACUUGUACACUUUACCCAGCCAUAUUACUGUAUGGUCUCUAUCGGCCCUGCUUGACCUGUAUGCUGCACCUCUCUCUCUCUCUCUCUCUCUAUGUAUAUAUAUAUAUAUUUGAACACGUUGUAGCUUGCAGUUUUUGAUAAUCACUUAA